AUGUCCGAUCCAAAGCCUGUUGAGCAAGCCCCUAUUGCCGAGCCCGAGAAACUUGAGACCGUUGAAAUCGCCGAUAAGCUCGAGGAGACUCCCGCUGCCCCAGCGACCGAAAACAUCAACACCGAGGAAGCUCCUAAAGAAGACGCCUCCAAGACCGCUGAGGAGCCAACUACAGCCGAACCCGCCAAGGAAGAGCCUGUUAGGGAAGAGCUUGCCCAAGAUGCGCCUGCUGCCACCACCGAGCCCGAGGCUGCUAAGCCCGAGGAAAAUAAGCCCGCAUACCUGACCAACAUUCCCUCUCUGGCCCAAUUCUUUGAGCACCUCCCCUCUAUUGUCAGCAAGACCGGCCACAGUGAGAUGUGGGGUGUGCCCCUAAAGGACAGCGAAGACAUCCCCACCGCCAACGUGCUGAUCAAGUUCCUGCGCGCCAACGAGGGAAACCUGUCCGCAGCUGAGGAGCAACUGCGCAAGGCACUGGAAUGGCGCAAGGAGACCAACCCACUUGAGCUCAUCCAGUCUGGCAAGUACAGCGCCAGCAAGUACGGUGGUCUGGGAUACCUCACCACCUACGACCAGGACGGACGCCCGCUUGUGUUUACAUGGAAUAUCUAUGGCGCUGUCAAGGACAUGAGCGCCACCUUCUCUGAUUCGGACGAAUUCGUUAAAUGGCGCGCAGCCCUCAUGGAGCUCGCUGUGCAGGACCUGAACAUGAAGAAUGCCACUGCUGUCAUCGACUACGAUGGCGAGAAGGAUCCAUACCAGAUGAUCCAAGUGCACGACUACCUGAACGUCAAGUUCUUCCGCAUGGACCCUGCCGUGCGCACUGCGACUAAGAAGACCAUUGAGGUCUUCUCCACCGCGUACCCCGAGCUGCUGCGCGAAAAGUACUUCGUCAACGUCCCCGCUAUCAUGGGCUGGAUGUUCUCGGCCAUGAAGCUGAUUUUGAGCCGCAACACUACUCGGAAGUUUCACCCUAUUUCUAACGGUGCCAACUUGGCUCGUGAAUUCCCCGCUUCAAUUGCCGAUAAGCUUCCCAAAGUGUAUGGUGGAAAGGGCCCUGAGUUGAAAGAUGAGGCGCGGUCGGUUCCGUUGGUUGAGGUCGAGCUGCCUAAGGAGGAGUCUCAACCUGUUAAGGCUGCUCCUGAGGCUACUUCUGAGGCUGCUCCUGUAGCUGCUGCUGUUGAGGCCCCUGCCAAGGAGGAGGCUGCCAAGGAGGAAGUCAAGGAAGAGGCCAAGGAGGAGGCCAAGGAGGAAACUAUGGAGGAUACCAAGGAGGAAACCAAGAAGGAAACCAAGGAGGAAACCAAGGAGGAAACCAAGACGACCACCGAGGGUGAAGCCUCGUAA